AUGGAACCUGAUAAAUAUGUCGAUCCCUACCUGACUCGACCGGACACGGCGGUGUUGCAGACCCUGUUAUCUGAUAUCCAAGAUCAGUCCCAGCAGUCAGGUGACCGUGAUCAUAGCACUAGUCAAGAAAAAGUGGUCAUAGACCAAUUGGAAACUCUCAAUGAUCCGCGACGCGUUGGGUUCGAGCCCACCGUCACGCUCACCUGGGACACUCCCGACCUGCAACGCAGGUUGCCGCCAUGGGCAAACAAAUGGCUGCUGCAGCCCUAUCUCAAUGUCGCCCGCAAGGUAGUCCGCGUCGAGACUGACGUCGUCAUGCUGAACCACCUCAUAAUCUACUUCACGACCCUUGUUCCCAGUGCCAUCUACCUCUACUACCAUUUCACCUGGUUCCAUGGCGUCCUCCACUGGAUCAUGCAGUCUUACUUCGUCGGCACCUACACCCUCAUGAUGCACCAGCACAUCCACAUGGGCGGUAUCCUCAGCAAACCCUUCUGGCUCUUCGACUCGGUCUUCCCCUACAUCACGAACCCUCUGAUGGGCCACACGUGGAACUCGUACUACUACCACCACGUCAAGCACCACCACGUCGAGGGCAACGGGCCCGGUGACCUCUCCUCCACCGUGCGCUACCAACGCGACGACCUCUCUAACUUCCUCUGCUACGUCGGCCGCUUCUUCUUCUUCGUCUGGUUCGAGCUCCCCCUGUAUUUCAUCCGCAAGGGGCACCUACUUCAAGGCCUGAAGGCCGGCUUCUGGGAGCUAGGCAACUACCUCGCCAUCUACGCGCUGUAUACCCAUGCCAGCGCGCGUGCCACCGUCUUCGUCUUCAUUCUCCCGGUGUCGCUCCUCCGCGUCGGCCUUAUGGUCGGCAACUGGGGUCAGCACGCCUUAGUCGAUGAGACAGAUCCAAACUCGGACUUUCGCUCCAGCAUCACCCUCAUUGACGUUCCGAGUAACCGUUUCUGCUUCAACGACGGCUACCACACCUCCCACCACCUCAACCCUCGCCGCCACUGGCGUGACCACCCCGUCUCGUUCCUGAAGCAGAAGGACCGCUAUGCCAAUGAGCACGCCCUUGUCUUUCGCAACAUUGACUACAUCAUGAUCACGUACAAGGUCUUAACCAAGGACUACAUGCAUCUUGCUAAGUGUCUUGUGCCGAUGGGCGACCAGAUCUCCAUGACAAUGGAGGAGAGGGCUGCCAUGCUGCAGACUAAGACCAAGCGGUUUGGAGAGAAGGAGAUCAAGGCCUGUUUUGGAGGGCAAUGAUGCUGUCUAGGAUAUGUGCCUUGGUUUGUUUGAUGUGUCGACAGCUUCUGGCACGGCUUCUUGAGCGUAUUACAGGUCGUGGGAUGGACCUUAAAAUGUAUGAUAGAACAAUUGUACAUGUACUGGCUGCUUUCUACGGCUUUUCCGCCAUAUCACUUAUGCGAAUAUCCAC